UAAAGUGCAUGGUGAAAGUGGCUGCGACGUAUAGUAAUAUUAUAUCGAUAUUACCUGAAUAUGAUGUGAAUAAGAAAAGAUCUUCGUUUUUUUAAUUCAUAAUGUAACUAAAUAUGUUCUUAUUACGACAGUUUGGUGAUUUCACUGUGUUUUAAAUGAAGAACAAAGAGGUUAUUGAGCUGGGAAGAGUUGAAAAGAUUAUGCUGCUCUGAAACGUAUUCCAAACAAUAAUGGGCAAUAUAAGAAGUCAACAAGUAAGCUCAUCGAACGAUCAUCGCUUCGAAAGUUCACAAUUCAAUAAGUCAUCGAUGGAAGUGAUAACCAAACCUGAACCACAGCUUAAAGUAAUAUCUGAUUUAAAAUCCAGACAGCGAUUACGUCAAACGAACAAUGGUAAUAUCCUACAAUCGGGGGGUACUUUAUCAGGUAGACAUCACCAAGUGAGACAGAGUAAGUCAUCUGAAAUGAAUUUGAAAAACCAGAAUUUUCUUUGUCAAGAGAGUGACAUAGGCUAUUUGGAAAAGAGAGACUUUUCUUCUAGUCAUAAUGUAUAUAACUUCUCAAUUAAAUCAUACAAGUCAGAACCAGACUUACAUAGUUCUCUCGUACAGAGUAAAUUAAAGGAGAAGAAGUUAAAGAAAAAAUAUAAAGCACCAUCGCCACCAUGUGAAAAAAAUCAUGAAAAGUAUAUUUUAAGAAACAAUGAUGUUGCUUCUGAUGACUAUCAACCACGGCGUGCUCGAUUAUAUAAAACCAGAAUGGAAACAAAACUGGAAUCUAACCAAGUGAUUGCAAGCCAAUCUGAUGGCAAUGCCAUCUUGGCGGAAGAAAAGAUUAUUCGUCAACAAUGUUCUAAUAAUCUCCCAACAAACCGGUUAUCGUUACCUAAUUUUGAUACAAACAUUUUAACGGAUUUAAAAAAUGAGCUUCAACAAGUUACUGAACAAUUUAAACAGAUCAAAGGAAGACUUAUGGACCAAAACCAAAAUAUAAUAAUCGAAGAUAACUUUAACACCCUUAAUAUCAAUGAAAUAAAUAGUUCAUCCAAAGAAUAUACCGAUUUGGAUCAACAAAUAACCCGAUCGGAUCCAUCUGGUAAAGAGUGUUCUACUCUUGAACUGUCGCUUUUACCAGCAACAGAAAAUCAAAAGCCAAAAGCUUUUUAUUUCGGAAUGACAAGAGAUGAUUUUGAAAUUUGUAAAGACGAAGUUGAUGAGUAUACUCCAGAAAUUGAUUUAUGUCUUCGGCCUGUUUUACCUCGAAAACCUCCACAAAUACCAAAUUUUUCACCUUCUGUAGCUUGGAGACUAUUAGACGCUCCGUCUCAAGACUCUGGUAUCUCGGGUGAUGCUCAACCACCACUCUCAACAUCUUGGACACCACAGCAAGACUUAGGCGAUGAUUCGAGUCUUGAGGAAAUGAGGCGUGAUGAUUGUAAGGAAAUAUUUAAACAACGUCCUCACGUUUUUAGCUUAUCGUUACCUAGAGACUCACAUUCAGCUGCAGCAUGCUUAAAUAAAGCUGGCUUAAGAAGUAUAAGAAAAAUAAAACGAUCUGUAUCAGGGGUAUUUAAUACAUUAUCUUUGCGUAAAGAUACAGAACAGCGUUUAAUAUCAAAAGAUGUAGAUAACGAUAAUAACUGGUUCUUAAGUCGAUCAGCCCCAAAUUCUCUAAAUGAAAAUUCUCCAGAUAUUCUAGAAUUUCCUUUAUUUCAUGUUUCUCCAAAUUCAAGACUGAUGUAUUUGCCAGAAAAAGAAAAGGAGGACGACUUUGUUGAGUCCAGAACGUUUUCAAUGUCGGCUUUUUCUAAGUCCUGUGAGGAGCUUAAAAUGCCAGAGUCAUUAAGAGAUUUAAAUUUGGAAGGCACUUUAAAUAAAGAAGAAAGAUUAUCAAAACCAAAAAAGUUUACUUUCCAAAGUACGAUGCGUCAAAUUGAACGAAAAAGGAUUGCAGACAAGUUAUCAAAAGAAGCAGAAAAGAAAGAAAGGCAACGACUAAAAGAAUUAAAUAUCAUGAGGUGCGUAGAGGAGGAGUUCCAGAAAAAAAGAGCAAAGGAAAAGGCGAACAUUCGAUAUCAGUUAAGACUAUAUUCCAAGGACCAAAAUGAAUCCACAAGUCUGCCAUUUGAGUUUAACUCUCUAAAAAUUGAGGAAAGGCAAGAACCAGAUGGCGCUUUUUCUUCAACCGCGUCGUCUCCAAUUUUAGUAACUAAAUAUGAAAAAAUUGACAGCAAGGUAAAUAAAAAGAAGACUCAAGUAACGCAAGAACUUUCCGAAUAUAGACAAAUGCAAAGAGACUACAAAGAUUAUAGAGGGACUACAAAAUACGGUCCUGAUAAUCGUGCUUUGAAACAAACCACAGUUUAUCCGGAGGUAACAUGUAAUAUGCCGAGAAUAACUGAUGCUUCCGAAGAGCGUGAAAAUUACCGUAAAAAAAAGGUAAUUCGACCAAGGAGUUCUAGAUCAAUAGAAAGUGUCUAUUCAGAAGAUUCUAUAAAAGUAUACAGAAAUACAUUUUCUCCUAUGACAAAAUUUUAGUUUUAGAUUUUUUUGUAUAGUAUUAAAUCGUUCUUUAUUGUUAAGAUUGGCCGCCAUGUUAAAUGAAAUAUAGACUAUAAUUUUAUAUAAGGCAAUUCGGGAUAAUGUGAGUCAAGCCUAAAAUUAAUGUCUUUCAGUAUAACAUCGUGGCCAGCCUAAAUAAAAAUAUGGUGCCUUAUAGGUUAUAUCUAGUCAGCAAUUUUUAAACCUUAUAUUAAAAAAAAUAUAUUAAUACAUUUAUAAAGUUUAGUGAUAUGCA